UGACAGGAGUUUAAAUAACCUUUUCUUUUUUCUGCUAAGUGACUUUCCUAUUACGUUGAAGAGAUUUGUCAAGUCUUAGGUCCGAAGUUAUAUUAUUAUAAUUAUAAAACUUGAGUGUCUUGACAGAUUCUACAAAAAAUCUUAGGGAAAUAUAACGAUUUACUGUUAUUUUAGAAUAGAAAAAUGCUGCAUGCAUCUGUACCACACAACACAUCAACACUUCUUCCAACAUCAUCGCUGUUAACCAAUAAUUUCACGACCACCCAAAACUCCGCAUAUACCAGUGAAUACCCAUUCGGUCAUACUUUAAGUAAAAACUUCGCCAUCUUUAUUGCCUUUUGUUUUCUGGUCAUAAUUGUAACAUCAGUUAUCUGCAACACAGUCUUGAUUUUCAUUAUCGUGUCAGUUAAAAAGCUGCACUCCGUCACACAUGUUUUCAUUAUAAAUUUAGCAGUCAGUGACUUGAUCACCGUAUUAGGAACAAUUCCAUUCGAUGUAGAAAUAAUGAUAAAAGGCUACUUUCCACAUGGUAAAAUAGCAUGCGGUAUAAUGUAUACUACGUUUUUCACAUCAUUACCAUCUUCGGUCCUAAAUUUAACUUUACUGACUGCAGAGAAAUAUAUAAAGAUUAAAUAUCCGUUUUACAGUAUUGUAUAUUUAACCAAUCAAAAAGUGAUUUUUGCUGUUUUGACAACUUGGUGCUACACAUUAUUCGUUGCUUUAUUUCCCACGUAUUAUAACCCCAGUGCUAUACGCGUGUACCAUGGUCUCUGCUACCUCACACACCCUUAUUUUUAUGAUAUAUUUCAACUGAUUGUUAACUUUCUCCUACCUAUAUUAUUUAUAUGCUACGCCAAUAUUGGUAUGUUCUUAAUUUCCAAGAGACAAAUACAAAGAAUUCGGACAUCUAGCACACCUCUCGGAUCGUUUGUCGGUGAUACUGAUGAGGAAAAUAAUGACGUAAAAAUCAAGAAGAGUCGUUUUAUCGACUUAGCUGGUGAUUUUAAAGCGGCAAAACGUACCGCUUUACUUGUUGGCGUUUUUUUAUUUUGUUGGUUGUCGUAUAUAAUCCUAGUGACGACAAAUAUUUUAUGUGACGUUUGUCAUUCUAGGGAGUUGACGUGGAUGGGUAACGUUGUGAAUUAUUCAGCAAGUGCUAUAAAUCCGUUGUUAUACGGUUUAUCAAGUAAAGCAGUCCGCAAAGAAAUUUUAGAAAAAUUCCGCAAGGUUCUGGGCCGUUACUCUGAAAAAGUUGAAGAACCAAGAGUUCGUUUAAAUACUUUGAUUGUUAGGCUUUCUAACCUCAGAGACGAGCCGGUUAGCUAG